AUGGCAGUCUCAACAGAGAAAAUCUCAGUGCAUUCGAUGGCUGACCUAAAAAACACCUCCGACGACGCCAUCCCCGCGUACCUCAACUCCCUCAAAUUCACACAAUCUCACACCCUCUCUGAUACUCGCUUGGCACUUGGCUACUCCGCCUUCGUCAUCUGUGCCGCGACCUUCUACUGGGACUACAAGCUCGGCUUCGAGAGCACAAAGCACUACACCACCAUCGCGGUCGCUUUAUACGCCCUCCUAAACGGCAUCCUCACCUACUGGAUCUGGGGCGUCGAGAGAGGCUCUGUAUACAUCGGGACCAAUAAAGCAGGUGAACGAAUCGAGGUUUCGUCGAAGACGGAGAAAUACACGCCGAUUUAUAAUCUGAGUGUUACGACCGUGAGGAAGGGAGGCAAGAGGGAGACGGUCAGCAUUAAGAAGCCGUUUAAUGCGUGGUUUGAUAAGGCGGGGCAUUUCGUCGCCUUGCCGUUUCAGCAGAUGUUGGCGAGUGGGGUGAAGGUUGUGGGCGAGGCAGACCCGACGAAGGUGGUCGAGGGCAAGAAAAAGGUUGCGAAGGUCGAGGAUGGGGAGACACAGAGUAUGGAUGAGAAAUGGGCGAGUCUAUUGGCAGAGAGCUCGGGGGUUAGUUUGGAUGAUGUGGCCGCGAGUCCGGCUGCUACGCCUGGUGGGAGGAAGAAAAGGGGAAAGAAGGCGUAA